AACGGUGUAACAAUAUUGUAAGCGUUUUCUCGCUUGUGUUAGGCAGUAAUUCUUGUUUACAUUUCUUAAAAAUAUGAUCUAUUAUGAAACCAAAAUGGAUGAAGCAACAAUUUGUGAAGCCUAAAACUGAAUUAUUUGAUAAUUACUGUUUCUAAAUUAAAAAAUAUUUAAUUUUGCGUACAUUUUGUUAUUAGACGCUAAAAGUGCAGUGCAUUAUGGGUAAACAUGAACGACUAUGACAAGUGAAGGUGCUGAAUACUUUUUUUAAUGAUAAACAAUUUAAAAUAGGGAUGUAAAUUGAAGAAGUAUCGUCGUGAUACUGCAAAACUAUAAUUUUGAUACUGUUUGGGGAAUAUAGACAAUAUGGUGUACUUUUUAAAGGAAACAAAUGGAAGCUAUUUAUAAAAUCAACAACUAACCAGUGUAGAAUAUAAUUUCUUUUUCUGCAUUCAGAAAUAAGUAUACAUCCUAGUGUCUUAAGGAUAUAAAAGAAACUUUCAAAAUGUGUGAACAAACGCCUGUGGAUUAUAAAAGUGGAGAUAUUGUUUGGGUAAAAUUACGUUCAUGUUGGUGGCCUGGAGAGGUUAAAGAUUGGGAUUCUGUGCCGCCAGAACUCGCCGAACUAAAAAACAAAUCAAUUUGCGCUGUAAAGUUCUUUGAGGAAGACUCCUAUGAGAUUGUCAAAGACCUUAACAACAUUUAUAUGUACAACUGCACAAAGAAAAACAAUUUCAUUAAGAAGGGGCUUGACAUGUACCGAAAAGAGUAUCCAUUUAUGGAGAAAUUUCCUGGUGAUGUUUCUGCUGCUGAAGAAAAAACAGGAGGAAGUCCAGAUAUUAUAGACAGCCCCAUUUUUGAACCUGAGAAAAAAAUUAAUACGUCAUUCAUAUUCGGUGCUUCUACCAAAUCACCGAAGAAACGUGGAAAAAGAAGCUUGAAAACUCCUACCACUCACACAAUUACAUCAACGUCCAGUUUAAGAAGGUCUCUGCCAAUAAUUACCCACCCUCGGUUUCUGGGUGAAGAUGACCACCAAGUCCGAAUUUUGAUCCAAUCACCAGAAGAAAAAAGAGAUGUAGAACCAAAUAAUAUCUAUACAUGCCCUACUUGUGGCUUCCAAACAUCGAGAGUUGGCGUUAUUGUACUGCACAAUAAAUCUCACAUACAAGGUGUCUACAGCACUCUCAUUUCUACUGGAAAAAAGACCAAACGAUCAACUCCAAAGAAGCCCAAAAAGGGUAUUCGAAUGACCCAUUCGAAAACAUCUUCAUUUGAUGAAGACUUGGCUUUACUUCAACAAGGUAUCGUCCCUAUAGAUACUAGCGACGAGGAAUUUUAUGACGAACUUGAAGAUGAGCCUAAAGUAAAGAAACGUCGCAAGACUCCAAAGUCAAAAAAACCGGUGCCAAAAAAGCCCACGCACAACCCCUCUCAAGAUAUUCUUGCAGAAUGGGACAAUGAUAGUGCAGAGGAAGAAGAAUUUGAUAAUACUGCUAGUAGCAGUAUGAAAGAACAAAUUAUCAAGAAAGAUUCAGAGGAAAAAACACAAGAAAAAGAAAAAGAGGUCAAUGCAAAUGAAAGUGCAGAAAAAUCUUGUUUCGAUUUUGAUGAAGAGGAAGAGAAAAAUAUCAACAUUGGGAAGAUAAGAAAUCCGUCUACUGACAGCAAAAAUGAUACUUCCAAGUCGACUGAUUCUCUAGAAAUAUCAAGCAGUUUAAAAGAAGAGAAUAUUGCAGAAUCAUCAAAAGGCUCAGAAGAGCACAUAUCUGUCAACAAAGAGACAGAAAAUGAUAAUGAAGAAUCAAUUGAAACUGUUAAUGAAAUAAUACAAGGUAAACAGAAACGUAAAGCAACCAAGAACAGUGAAACAUCUCAUAGCAAGAAAACUGAAUUAAAAAAUAACACUUUUGCUGACGAAACUAAAGAAUUACAUGAAAAUAAGGAAAACAAUUGUAGCAAAGAAAAGGAGGUUACAAUUUCUCAAAAGGAAAAUUACGAAGAAACGUCUGAUGUAACUGAAAGUAAAAUUGCAUUAACAGUUGAUCAAAACUCGGAGCAAAAAGGUUCUGAGAAUUCUAAAAUAUUGGAUUCAAUUUCUGAACAAGAAUUUUCUGAAGCAACCCCACAUGUACAAGAGUGUGAAAGUAUUGAAAAAACAAGUCGGUAUAAAUCGAGAAGUAGAAAACAACGUCAUGAAAAACGAGAAGAUUCAACUUCUGAGUCUUUUGAAAUCAGUUCACCUUCAACAAGUCGUUCUGCAGCAAGUGACUUGGAACAACCAGAACUUAUUGAAAUUCAACCUAAAAAAACACAAAGAAAGUCCAAAUUGAAUGAAAAGUCCUCAUUGAAAGCUGCAGAAACUGACAAAUAUAAUCGGAAAUCUCAUAUUCCAAAUUUCGAAGAAUUCGAAGAACUUAUGAAGUCAACUGCAGUACCCUCCGUUCCAGAUGUGCCCGACCAGUUGAAAGAAGAGCAAAAUUUUCCAGUGGCUAAAAUGAAAAAAUUUCCUGAUAAAGAUGAACCACCACAAUUGUACCCAGGUGAAGGGACGAAAUCAAACGAAACAGCCACAAAACAUACAAAUCCAAAAAAAAGAUUUGUUAAGGCAUUUGAAGAUUUAGAAAUGGAAGAAAAAAAGAAGUCAGAAAAGAAAGAGCCAGAAAACGCAGAUAACCCUUCUGUACAAUCAGAAAAACGUCGAAGCAAUUCAAGAAACGAUACAAGUAAUUUAACAGAUGUAAUAGAUAAGUGUAGUUUAAGAGACAAUACAAGUAAUAAUUUAACAGAUAUAAUAGAAAAGCCCGGUUUAAAAGAGACUCCAGACAGUUCGUCUAAAGAAAAUCAAAAUGCUAAAACUGACAUAGAAUCAAAUACUGAAAAAUCAGAGGAAGCAAAAGGCCUUGAAGUGUUAAAAUUGAAGUCUCAAUUAAGGACAAAAUUAGCAGAAAGUACUGAAGAAAAGGACCAAAUCAUACCAAAAUAUAAAAAAUUUGAAAUGAAAAGGACCCCUCAAAAAUGUACUGAGACAAGUGAGCAAACAGGACCAUCCACAAGAAGUGUAGCAGAAAAAGCAGCAAAACGUCCAGUGGAAUUCGAAGCACAAGAUAAAACUUCAGAUGCUAUUGUAGUUGAUAAACAGGAACAACUAGGAAAAACGAACACCAAUGAUGGUUGUAGUUCCAACUCCACCAGUCAAGAUUGUUUGGUUCGUAAAAAAAUCGAAAUCAUACCAAAAAAUCACGGAGAAGUUAACAUCACUUUGACAAAAGUGGUGGAAAACAAUAAUGCCAAAGGAAACGUUCCUUUUAAGAAAUAUCUGUACAGCAGAAGGCAAGGGAGAUACUCUGUGAAAUAUCGAAGUAGAUUAGCGUAUCUUGACGCUCCAAAACCGUCUACUCCUGAUAACAUCGAUCAGUCUUCUCAAGAUGGAAAACCCUUAGGAAAUGACAAAUCUAUUGUAAGUCCAGUUAGCGUUCCUACGGUAGAAGAAAUCGAAUUUCCAAAAACUUCCAUACAGAGAACCGUCAAUAAACAAAGUUUAAGACAGAAAUGUCUCUCUGAAAAUACUCACAAAAGUGAAAUUCCGUCAAUUGAAGAACAAGAAAGCCAUACUAACAUACAUGAAGAGGCACACCAACAGAAAGCUAAAACUGAUAAUGUGGUUUUGACUUCUUUCGAUAAAGAAAUUGAUAAUCUAGCUUAUAACGAGGAAUCGUCUUCACAUACAAAAGAUGAUACAGAUGCAUCAAAACCAGUCGAUUUUCAUAUUGAACAGAUAAACGACAACGAGGAAUUAGUAGUGGAGAAUGAAGGAGAUAAAUUAAUUGAGACGACUACCAAUGCUGUUCAAGAGGAAUUAAGUAGUAACAGUAUUCAACGAUCUAAGAAAAAGGUAUCUAAAUCACAGAAAAGUUCACGUCAAAGAAGAAAUACAAGAAAAACAAAACGAGAUCAAGAUUUAGAUACAUAUGAAGAAAUGGAUAUACAAAAUGCUGAUAAAUUAGAAUUUAAUGAGUCGCCUUUAAAUCAGGAAGAAUCAAACAUUACAAGCGGUAUUUUAAUUGAAAAUAUUACUGACGAUAAUAAAAUGAACGUUGAUUUGCAAGAAUCUUUGGAAGAAUACGUUGAUAUUAUGACAGUGACUCCUAAAAAGAAGAAAACGUUUGGAAAACCAAUGAGCAUCAUUGAACCACUGAAGUCUGAUAUUAUUUUUGCUGAUAAUUCAGAAAGUGUAUUGGAAUCUAAACGGACUACCAUUGAAGAGUCGGUAAUUUUGGAUAACACCUCUACUGUUAACUUAAAUGAAAAUUUGAACGCUGAAAUUAUUGAAGAGAAAAAAGAUAAAGUCUCUGUGCCAGAAAAUUUAAGUGGUACAAAUAUUACUGAAACUGCAAGCGGCGUCUGCAAUGAAAUAGUUAUUUCUGAAAAGCAAACGUCAAGUGAACAACUACCUUUACAAGAACUUGAGGAUAAAAAUGAACCAUCUGACUUAUCAGAAGAGAACUUAGUUGGAGAAAAUAUGCAUGGAGAAUCGAAAAAUUCCAAAAUUGAAGCAUUUAACGUGGAUAAACCAGAAAAAGAAGAUGAAAUUGUUAAUAAAGUACCCCUUGAAAUUCAAGAGGAAGUUGUAGCGCCUCCAGAACCAUCGAUUGUCAAUAAAGAUAAUGAACUUCAACCAAUUAUCAAACCUCCAAGUGAAGAUGAAGUUGUUAAGAAAACUGAUGAAAUCGUAGUUUCUGAGGAACAUUCUGAAAACUUAAGUGAAAAACCACAAAAAGUUCUCGUCGAAACGAUAGAAGUAAGUAAUGAUUCGAAGGAAACUUUGACAGAAGGCCAAACUGGAAUAAAAAAUGAAAUAGAAGAUAUACAAAGUAAUACUUCCACGAAAAAAAACGAUACUGAAUCGUUAACAGAUUUAAAUGGCUCCGAACGACGAUCAAUUGAAGAAACCGAUAAGGUCUUGGCUAGUGUUUUUGUAACGACUCCAGCAAAUGAAAAAGAAGAAUUGUCCGCCUUGUCCACUUUGGCAGCUGUAUCCGAACUAUCACCCCCUUUAGAGGAACAGACAAGUCUUGAAAAAAUUAAAGCAAUCGAAGCUAAUCUUACUGUUGUUUCUCAAACGGACUUAGAAAAUGUUCAAGUGGAAAUAGUAAAUACACCUGAAUCUAAGCCAGUUACAUUAACAAAUUUCUCUGUAGAUUUUACAGAUGGCAAACAAUCAGAAAUAAUCGAAAAACCGAAAUCAAAACAAUGUAUGGAAUCUUCUAAUACAGAAAUUCCUCCUGAAGAACUACCCUAUGUUACAAAAAAAUCAACAUCUGAUAUGUGCCGUUUCACAGAUGCUGAUGCUAAUGACCUGGAGGACAAAAUGACUUCAUUAAUAACAAGUAACAAGGAAAAUUCUGUACAAUCAAAAUCAAUCACAGAAUCUGAUCAGGCGAUGACUUCUUCAAAACUGCUUGAAAUUUUAACUGACAAUUCUAAGAGUAUAACGAAAUCUUUUGCUGCACCUGCCAAUGAGAAUAUUGCUAUUCCGCUUUCCAAAACACAUAUCACUUCCUCAAAGGAUAGCAAACAUAUUCAAGAAAUUAAAUUGUCAGAACCGACCAUUUCUAUUAAAGAAACAAAAUAUGUUCAAGAAACGAAACCACAAGAAAUAAGGAGCACAAAGAGCGUUGUUAAAUCAACAGUACCUGAAAGAAAACCUUCGGUAACAAAAACCCCUAAACCUGCCAUAUUUACCGAAAAGAUAAUGAAACCUUUUUCGGCAACCGAAACUGUAUCUGUUCAGAAGGUCACAUCUAAACGAACUAAUAAAGACAUCGAAGAUAUUGAUACUUACAUAAUACAGAAGCCAACUAAAAAAUUAGCUUUGGAUUCAGAUUUACCUUUACAGUCGACAUUCUCAACCGCUACCCCUGUAAUUAAAAAAACCGUUUCAACACCAAAAGGUCGGGGUAAGGCAAAAAUUUUGCAACAAACAAUCAUAACUCCUGCUGGAGAUGUCAUCCAACCAACUGUUGCACAAACACAACAAUCAGAGGAUUCUGUAUUUGAUAUUAAUUCAAUGCCUAUAGUAUUAGGAGAUCAAAUUCUAACUCCUGAAUCUAUAGAAAACAUGCCAGUUGUUAUAUCGGAAACCGCUAUAUCCGUAACCCCAAAAAUCGCUACAGAAAAAGUUACUGUAGUAAAAAAAUCAACACCACAGGUAAAAACCAUCAACAAAAUCCCUACAAUUACUACAUCUCAACCAACCAUAAUACGAACGUACGCUUCUGCACAAAAGAUAACCAAAGGUCAGAAAAACUAUCAAGUGGCAUCUUCAAAAAUUAUAAAAAGUUCUCCGGCAAUUAUGAGUCAGCCUAGUAAACCAGGAAAAUUCAUUAUAGUUUCACCAAAUGCAGCUAGCACUUCGAAAACUAUUGCAGGGAAAAAGCAAUUGGCAAAACAAUCAGUUAUUCUUCCUGCAACAUCAGAAACUCUCGAACCUGUUGGGAACAAAAUAAUGAUUGUAACAAAUCAGCAGGGACAACAGCAACGAGUUCUGCUAACUCCAGCACAACAAAAGAUGAUCGGAUACCAAUCGCCGAACACGAAACUAACCAAAGCUGCUUUAAAAAGUGGUAUAAUGACAAAAUCAAGUAAAAGUCUUCCAGCAAUUGUUAGUCAGCAUUCUGGAAACAUAAUCGCUCAAACCACAAUAAACACCAAAGCUCAAGCCAUUGCUGGAAAUCAAACUUUCAUCUCCUCUGGUGGACAGGUGCUUAUACCAAUCACGCAAGCAAAACAGCGAAUCUCUAAGUCAGACGUAAGCAAGGCAGGCGGGAAGAAAAUUCAAAUGCCUGCUGCGAAGGGACGCUUGCAAGAAGCACUAAAAAGUGCUGGUGCUUCAAAGACAAUUGUUAUAAAAAAUCAACAAGGGCAGAUUGUUAAAAAGAUUCAAGGAACAGACGACGCCCUUUUGGAGCAACAAGUACAAGAACAAGUUCAAGCAAUCAAAGCUAGCAGCAGUUUUACUGCUCUUAAAACACAAAACAAAAUAGAAACGAUUAGCAAAACUAGUAAAUCUCCUACAAAACGUUCAUAUCCAAAAAAGCCCGGUACAUCAGAUAUUCUACAAAAACCAUUAACAGCAACAAUUAGUGCAACGCUACAUUCAGAUAUGCCACCCCCCUUAACUGCUCUAUCAUCUUCAUCAACAAAAAUUGAAUCUUGUAAAGUAACACAUGUUGAGGAAACUAAAAUGGAACAGCCAACAUUCUCUACUGAAGAAAAACCGAAAGAACAAAGUCCUUUAAAUGAACUCAUCAUACAGGACGCUCUUGGAAAUCAAAUGACCAUAACUGAAGGACAAAUACUGGCUCUUCCGAGUGAAACCGUUGACGGCCAAACGCAAUCUUAUAUGCUAGUAUCUCUAGACAAGUCGGGAAAUUUAACACCAUUAAAUAACGAAGCGUUGCUAUCUUUAGAUCCCAACCUUGCUAUUGGUGGAGGGGAUUUAAGCAACAUCGUUUUACAAGUCGAUGAUCGUGGAGUUGUUGUAGCUCCUGCACCUGCUUCAAUACCUGAAGGAAAGGAGAAAUCUAAGACUGAGUUACUAAAACCUUCUAUAGAAGAACAAGUUCAAAAGCCUGUUCUUCCUCUAUCUCAAGUAGAACAGGUACCAGUGGCUGUAACUGAUACAUCAAGUACAUUAACUUUACCAUCUACAGUAGAAGCACCAGCAGUCCCCAUUGGAACAGAAGAUAAUCAAACAAUAACAUGCAGCGUUGACACUGGUAAUAACCAACAACUGAUUAUAUCUGGCGAUCCUAUCAGCACACAAAAAUUCAUAGAGUCUUUAACAGAGGGUAAUACUGACCUCGCAAAUUUGUUAGCUGGUACCGAAGGAAACAUUCUCAUUCACACAGACGGACAACAAAUAUUAAUCAAUACAGAAUCUGAGAAUCAAUUACUUUUACCAGUUAACACUGGAAAUAUGGCCAUAGAAAGCACUGAAGGUGGCGGAAACCCAAUCUUUGCAACACAAUCGAACAAGAACCAAGACAUAUUAGCGGCUGCAUUGGCUGACACGGACGUGUUUCAACAAGAGCAACCGACUGUUCAAAGUAAACUGUCCCAAUCCCAACUAAGUCCAAACAGCACAUUAUUUCCUAUGAAUGUCGGAAACGUAUUGGAAACAAGUCUCACGUUAAGUUCACCGAUAAUGACCCCACUGGAGGUGCCAAGUUCCAACAGUAAAAAAAUUCCAGACGAAGAAAGCGAUAUUCUUACAACGGAAGUACCAAAAAACGUGGAUCUUCCAAUCACAAUAACCGAUCCAAACAUUUCCCAAACUGUUGCCCAGCAACAAGUUGCCACAUUGAUGGCAGCUGAGUUACAAAACAACUUGGACCUUCCUCUGACCAUAGCUGAUCAGGGCAUAUCUGUCUCUUCGACCGAAAUGAACAGCCCUUCAUACGUGUAUUCUUUGCCCAAUCUCGAUGAUUCCGUCGAGAUGAAUCAAAAGGCGUUUGGCAAUCCUCCAAUUUCGAUGCCUCUCUUGAACGAAGAAUCUGAACUUACUAUCACCGAAAAAACAGACGAUUCAGAAAAGGCAAUAGCUGUUGAAUCGCAAACAGAAACUGUCAUUAACGACAAACCUAAAGAGUUAGAGGAGGAAGAUAACGAAAGGGUCGAAAGCAAUGAUGAUAAAAGAUCUCAUUCGCCCGUAAGUUCUAGCUUUAUGGAUGGCGGUCUUUGCACUUUGGGCGGAGCAAUGUGUAGUUCGUUAAGUGAACCACCACCAGAUAUGUUCGAUUUAUCAUCAAACUAUUUAACUGUUGACGAUACAAAGAAGAAUGAUGUACACAUUCCUGAAAAUAACUCAAACAGUAAUGAUUCACAACCGAAUUUCUCUAAUGAUAAUGUAUCACCCAUUGUGGAAAGUAUAGAAGAUGAAGAACGGUUUCGUUCUAACGGAAUUAAGAGGAGUAACUUUCUGAACGAAAAUUCGGUGCUAAGAAAUCGAUCCCCUAUUGCCAAUAUAGACGAGAAUUCAGCAGAAAUACCCUUGCAACCACUGAUUGUUGCACAUAUACCAGAUAAGGAGACCCAAGAAGUUGAUUGUUCAAGUUUAGAAUCUGAAAAGUCAGAAGGAAGUUCUGUCAGUCUGGUAACACAGCACGAAGGUGUACCUUCGUGCACAGAAAACUCUUCAGAUACACCCCUAUUAAACUGCGAAAGUUCAAUUUUAGAUUCGAGUAAGAGAAAAUUCGAUGAUGAAUUAGACUUAUCUACACAAAAAAAGCCCAGAGUUGAUUAAAUUUGGAAAUUCUAUUUUUUUUGUAAGAACGACUUGUA